AUGCUUUCACAACCAUUCCUCAAAGUAGUAUCAUCAUCGUCGAUUCGCAGCAGGAGCAAUAGUUAUAAUAAUAAUAAUAACAUUAGUGUUAGCGCGUCUGCUCGUGAUCGUCAAAAUUCUGUUGUGCGAGGAGGAGGAUUAUCUGAAGUUGUCGUUCUGAGAAGAGAAAAAAGAAGAAGAAGAAGAUCAAAUGAUGCCGCGCUGGUCGUUGCUUCGACGAAUACACUCCGGACAGAAGACGUGUUUUGCGGUUGUUCUUCUAAAAGCCGUCUUUAUCGUCUAAAAGUUUGUCCGGGAAAAGGAGGAGGAGGAGGAGGUUCUUCUUCUUCUUUGUCUUCUUCUGAUUUCAACGUUUUUGCAGCCAAAACAACAGACGACGAUGAUGAUGAUGACGCGAAAGAAUCAUACGGAGGAGACGAAGAAAAGCAGGAGCAGAAAUUUUUCGACGUGCACGCGUUGAAACAUUUUUGCGCGCUGGGCGUGUUUUUUACCGGUUUACUCUACAUCGCGUACGCGUUGCUCCCGCACGUCGGGUAUACCACCGCGCAUCCUCCAAACACGGAAAAUUUGAUGGUGAAAACGUUUCAGUCUUUAUCGACGCUGCAAGCGGCGGAGUGGUUGAGGUUUGUGGAUUUGUUCGGCACGGGCGUGUUCGCGCACGGCGGAGUUAUUGCAGCGGGGAAGAGAGGUUUGGACUUGCUCGGGUGCGUCGUCGUCGGGUGCGUGACCGCCAUGGGCGGAGGGACCAUUCGAGGAGCGUUGAUUGGCAUCGAAGGCGCGCAUCCGGUCUUUUGGAUAGCCGAGCCGGAAUACCUAAUCGUCGCCUUGGUCGCUUCCUUCUUCACGUUUUUCUUCUGGCCGAAAGUCUUAUCGAAGGAAGUUCGUGAAUCGAAAGCGAUGGAAACUGCGUUGAACUGGUUGGACGCGUUAAGUUUAGGCGGUUUUUGCAUCAUCGGCGCCAACGCCGCGUUGGUCCGAAACUUAGGCCCUCUCCUCGCGGUCGCAUUAUCCGCGAUCACGUGCACGGGAGGUGGCGUCGUGCGUGACGUUUUCCUACGCCAACCGGUGCGAGUGUUACACUCGCACGCGGAGUUAUACGGCACCACCGCUAUCGCCGGCGCCGCCGUGUACACGGUCUUCGCCUGUUGGUUCCCGGGAGUCUCGCACAACCUAAGAUGCCUCCUCGCCGCGUCCACCACCGUCUUUUUACGAUGGAGGGCUUGGAAGAGAGGUUUGAAGUUGCCCAUGUAUUCGGACGUGAACCCGGAUUUUGGUGAUUACAUCUCUAUCGCGCAAAGAGACGUUUAG